AUGGCGGACGGCGACAGCGGCAGCGAGCGCGGCGGCAGCGGCAGCGGCGGGGGGGGAGGCGGCGGAGGCUUCGCGGCGCCCCGGGGAGGAGGCGGAGGAGGGAGCGGGGCCGGCGGCGGGGGCGGCGGCGGGGCCGGCCCCGAGCAGGAGACGCAGGAGCUGGCGUCGAAGCGGCUGGACAUCCAGAACAAGCGCUUCUACCUGGACGUGAAGCAGAACGCCAAGGGGCGCUUCCUCAAGAUCGCCGAGGUGGGCGCCGGGGGCUCCAAGAGCCGCCUCACGCUCUCCAUGGCCGUGGCCGCCGAGUUCCGCGACUACCUGGGCGACUUCAUCGAGCACUACGCCCAGCUGGGGCCCUCCAGCCCCGAGCAGCUGGCGCAGGCCGCCGGCCCCGGCGGCGACGAGGGGAGCGGGCCCGGGCCACGGCGGGCCCUCAAGAGCGAGUUCCUGGUGCGGGAGAACCGCAAGUACUACCUGGACCUGAAGGAGAACCAGCGCGGGCGCUUCCUCCGCAUCCGCCAGACCGUCAACCGCGGCCCCGGCGGGCCCGGGGGCUUUCCCGGCGGCCCCCCCGGGCUGCAGAGCGGGCAGACCAUCGCGCUGCCCGCCCAGGGCCUGAUCGAGUUCCGCGACGCCCUGGCCAAGCUGAUCGACGACUACGGGGGCGAGGAGGACGAGCUGGGCGGCCCCGGGGGCGGCGGGCCGGGCGGCGGGGGGCUCUACGGGGAGCUGCCCGAGGGCACCUCCAUCACCGUGGACUCCAAGCGCUUCUUCUUCGACGUGGGCUGCAACAAGUACGGCGUCUUCCUGCGGGUGAGCGAGGUGAAGCCGUCCUACCGCAACGCCAUCACCGUCCCCUACAAGGCCUGGGCCAAGUUCGGCGGCGCCUUCUGCCGCUACGCCGAGGAGAUGCGCGACAUCCAGGAGCGCCAGCGGGACAAGCUCUACGACCGCCGCGCCGGGCCCCCUGGUCCCGGCAGCGGCAGCGGCGCUGGCGACGACUCCGACGGCGACGACGUGGACGACGACUGAGCCCCCGUCGCCAGCGCCCGCCGGCCUCCCCCCUCCUCUUCCCUCCCUGUCCUCCCCGGACCCCCCUUCCCCUCCUCGCCGCGACGGGGAGAAGGGGGCCCCGAGCCCGCCCCCGCCUCCAAGUCCCCCUCCCUGGCCCCCGGCUCCGCCGCCGGAGAGAGGAGAGAGAAACCGGCCCGACCGCAGCCACCGACCGCGUCCCUCCCUCCUCCGCGCACGCCCCGACCCGCGCCGCCGCCGCCGGGACGAGCGCCCGGACCCCCCCCCCCCCCCCCCCCACCUUUCAUCCCCCACCCCCCGCCUGCUUCAGCCCGAGGACUCCGCGCUUUUUGGGGCCGGGGGCGCCCGGAUCCUCUCUCCUCUCCCGUCCCGUCCCGACCCCCUCUGUCCGUGUCGGCGUCGUGCCCCCCGCCACCACCGAAACCAGCAUCCCGGCGCCCCCCGGGGAGCCGCCGCACGCCGGAGCCGUCACCGCCGCCCGGGCCGGGGGGGAGCGAAGGAGCCGGCGAGCUUUCGGCAGCGAGAUGCGAUGUGGGGGGGCCGUCUCUGGACCAACGUCCAUUGUCUGUUUUUUUUCUUCUUCUUUUUUUCUUUUUCUUUUUUUUUUCCUCUCCCCCUUUACAGAAUCGUUUUGGUUUUUGGGAUGCGAACUGUUAAAACUCCAGGCGCCUGAACUGGAACCCGUAACUGAGCUAGUGAAAAGCUGGCAGGUUUCUGAAGAUAAAGGAACACUUCUCUUGUUUUGAUUUUUUUGACAAUUAUUAUUAUUAUUUUUUUUCCUCCUCCCUUCUUUUUAACAUGGGGGUUGCAAAGAGAGGUAGGCUAGAGAAAAAGCAGGCACAAAGCACAAGGCAAGCUCGACGGAUCGGCUGCUGCUCGCUGGAGAUCUUCCCCUCCUCUCCAAAUAAGGUGGGCUCGAGCGAGCGCCGGGUUGGCAGCGGGAAGGCCAGGCAGGAUUACCCGGGCGGCCGCGAGCGGGGCCGCCGCCGUCGGAUGGUUUUUUCAAGCCCUGGCUCGGCCGGGAGAGAGCGCGGAGGAGCGGCGGCCGCGCACGCGCGCGCGGGGGACUUGGAGGCCUCGGCGGGCACGCGCCCGCGCGACGCCGGCGACCUCAGGUGCAGAAAACCCAACCCGCGCGUCUUCGCCCGCGGCUUUUUAACACGAACUCGAUGCGUUUCCUCAGUACCUCACGCCGUGUGAACGGCGGGGCCGGCGCCGGCCGGCUCGUUAGCGCGACGCAACCUGUGGGAGCUCCGACGAGCGCUGGGACCGCACACCCCGGCGGCCGGGGCGUUGGAUUUUUUUUUUUCCCUCUUUUUUUUCCCUCUUUUUUUUACCACCUCGCCGUUUCACCAGAGACUGGCUCCUGCCAACGACUCGUCCAGCUGCUCCGGAAUCAAAGUGGGGUCCUUUCAGCGAUCACCUCUGUUAUUAAAUGGAUUUUCACUC